CAUUUGGCUGACGUAAAACCAAUCAUUAGUUCCUCGGUUGUGGACCGUGCCAUCAAUAAACCGAAUUAUAUCAAUGGAAAAAGCUCAUAAGAAUUUACUGGGACGGCAAUAGAAUGAGAUCAAACCGACUGUCAUUCCAGAGAAAUCUGAUGGGAAUUGAUCAUUGCAUCUAUUUUUGCGUCGUGUAGACAGUUUAAAGAGGCUUAGUUCUCUAGCUGGGACGUACAUCGUCGGGAAUCUCAAAACAAUAACGUCACACCUCUAAAUCUGUGUGUUGGUUACUGUUGCUGUAUGACGGGACAUUUAUAGGCCAUUCUAGUCAACGAAACCGGAACAAUAGUCGGUGCUUUAACGUUUGCUAUAGAAAAUACACAGUAGCAAACAUUAUACUGCAUUUGGCUUGAACAAACAGUUUAUUGACGGUCCUUGACAAGGAAUGUUCUCACGUGGCACGUGUUUCGGCCAUUGUGUUGCCUGGAGUCAUUGUCCACUCUAUUUGUUUUGCGGUUAUAUAGAUAAGCGUGUAUGUAGAUAUAUAGAACCUAAGGGUAAUGGUCGGGUAGAUUUUCAGUAACAUCUGUCGACGACACUACGCCUACUACAGGACGGGCGGCUAGCAUCAGAGGAGUUGUGUAUUGGUGUGUCCCGUACACCCGAGGACGACUGGCUGGGUUACGUACAUAACAAUAUUUACUUGUGGUGACGCCAUCGAGAAGAUUAACCGUUAGGUUGUUACUUGGAUUUCGGCACGUCUAUUGCCCUGUGACUCGAGUGUUAGUCAGAAGCGUAUAUAGGACAAACUUAUUGUUGUGUGGGUACUUCUUAAAACGAAACAAGCAUGAUUGGAUCUUAAUACGAAUUCGCUACAAGAAACGGAAUGUGGUGAUUUCUAAAAUCCUAGCGCGUGUGACGUUAUAUACUACAGUAAUGUUUGUUAUUGUCAAAUACGGAGAUCAUCAAAGCAGGAUCUUCAAUGCUAACUGCAGGAAUGAGGUACUACUGCACCACAUCAAGCGUCGAUGUGAAUGUGUCGAACGAGAAGAUGUUGUGGAACUGUCGGACGAAAAGGGCGUUGUGAAAAAUCUGCGGAACUUCCCGUGUGACUACGGCAGUGAGUACCUAAAGGAGCGAGAGACUCUCAUUCUCCUCAAGGUAGACAAUUUACUAGAGGACCAUGAAUGUGACCGGAUGGUGUACGUCCCUCUCCUUACAGAACUGGAACACAACAAGGAGUUUACAGAUGCCCUGAACCCCAAGCAAGAGGUUCGACCGACGUCUUCAAUGGACGAUGAUGGACGAGGUAACAAGAAGAACGUCAAGGGAUCGUCUGCUGUCUCAAAGGGCGGGAAAAAAGGCACAGAUUCGAAACGGACGUCUGCCAAGAGUCCGCGUAGAUAGGAGUCUUAUGUGCUGUUAGAACUCUGAUACCAUCUACUUAAAAUAUAUAUCGUUACCAUGACGAAAAAUGUUACCCAUCAACACCAUAAAUUUACUUAUAAAUAAUGUUGAAGGAUCAAUGUUUGCAAAUCAACAUGUUUUAAGAUUUCAGAGAGGAAGGAUGGUGAAGACUGUACUACGUUUGCGAACUGACUGGACGCGUGUGAAAUGGCGACUGCCGAUAUAGAAUAGACUCGAUCUUAGUGAUCUUAGGGACAUUUAAAAAAAAAAGAUUAAUUCGUUGUUAUUAGUUGACGUUAUAUUUUGUCAUUCUUUGUGAGAUAUUCAUUUAAUACGGUUUUAAUAAUAAAUAAUUAAUAUGUA